AGUUGCUGGCACAAUUACGCGUAAAACUAACAAGGAGAGUGAGCGGCGUGCAGAUGGGGCGUAGACUGGUUUAAAAAGACAAAAAUGACAUGACGAUGAUGAUGCAGCUGAGUUAUUGACGCACGGAUGCUUUUUUCUUUUUUUUCAACUUUGAUUUGUUGUUGAGGUGAAUAACAAACAACAUGCCCCACGCUCGAAAUAGGAACCCAAGCCCCAUCCCGGAGGUAAAAUGGGACACGGGACUCAAAGAGAUGAACGAGACGUGGAAAGGGGCUAUUGCUUGUCUGGGGGUAGCUGUCUUCUUCGUAAUGACCAUCGGGAUCAUUUACUGGCAAGUGGUGGACCAGCCCAACAAGAACUGGAUCCUCAGGGGGACUUUCAGUGGACUCAUCUGGGAGAGGAGAACCCACUCGCUGGUCAUACAGACUCUGACCGAGGACAGGACCUACGUGGAGAUAGACGUGGGAAACGUGAGGAAUCCCGACAUCGAGGUCCCAUUCGUGAGGAACCUGUGCUGGUUGAACAAAACAGAGUUCUGCUACACAUGGGACUCGGUGGCCGAGGUGAAGAUCUCGCUGGAGGUUAACGAGGAUGCAGAGACUGAGUGUUACAGCAUGGCCUGGACGCCGGUGCAAUGUCAUGUGGAGCUGAAGGACUGCUUCUCCAUGGCCAAUGUCUCCUGGUACGGCGGUGCAAGUGUCCAGGGUCAGACCUGGCCAAUUAAUGAUCAGAACAUCACAAUGCAGCCAUACGUGGUCAGCGAUCUGAGGGACACACCAUCUGGAUACGGCUCUCCCCUGGAACGCUUCUUUCUUGGUUCAUCGGGAGUCACAGUGCUUCUGUCCCCUGAUAUCCCUCUGCAGCUUGGGGUGGACAGCAGAGAGCAGUUCUGCUUGAAGUCUGUGCCAAGUAUGGAGCGCCUUCCUCUCCAAUAUACUGUGUGUGUGGCCCACAACGUCAAAGCUGCUCAUCAGGAAGCCGUCCAACAACUUUCUGAGUUCAGCAGGGAGCUUCCAAACAUGAAAACGUUGUGGAUGCCAUUCUGGAAGUUCCUCACCAAUGUAGACACAGGGCCGAAAAUGGAGCGAGAACUGAGAACCUUCUCUAAUCGUCUGAGGAGACACCAGCUGGGAGAGGGAGUCAUCAGCCUUAAUGAACAUUCCACCACCCUCCUUUCAGAAAUGGACCAUGACUACCUCAACAGCAGGAAAAGGGGGAUGUCCAAGAGACUGACCAGGGACCUCCCACUUGUCAAGCUUCUUAACAUUUCCAUCACCCUGUCCCCUUUCCUUGGUGUGGACACCAAGCAGUUCCACACCUCCCUCACUGAUGGCACAGAGGACUACUGGCUCAGUCUUCCUUCAGCCACUAAUGGGAAGCUGAUCCCUGUGAUGAGCCAGUGGCGGGGAAAAUUUUGCGUAAAACUGAAUCUUACAAACCCUGCUGCUGUGAGCUGGUUCCUGGACAGAGUGGAGUCCCUAAAGGCCCAUUUAGGGAUGGAGUACAUCAUGCUGGAGGGAGGAGAAGGGAAUCUGUUUGAGGAUCAGGCCCUGCGACCACCACUGGCUCUGAGUGGAGAUAAAUACAUCGAACUUCUGGCUGAUUUGGCCACCAGCAUAGGAGACUCCACCAUCAUGACUGCAGGAACCAGGUCAAGCCACAAGCCUCUGUUUGUGAAGAUGACACCCCUGCAGUCUGACUGGAGUCCAAUGGGUUUGAGGGCAAUCAUUCCCUCCCUGUUGCACCAUGCUUUGGUGGGAUAUAACUUCCUCAUUCCUGAUGCAGUAGGAGGCUCUCUGUCUGGAGACCUGGUCACAGAUAGGGAGCUGUUUAUUAGGUGGUUGGAGAUAGCAGCCUUUCUUCCUGUCAUCAGUUUCCAUAGACCACCCUGGUUCUACGGCGAUGAGCAGGUGUUAAACCUGACCCAGGUUUAUAUCACAAAGCACCAAAGGGAGGUGGUUCCACUGAUAGAGAAGUAUGCUGAGGAGUGGCAGCAGACGGGAAACCCCAUCUACAGACCCAUGUGGUGGCUCAGUCCCAGCGACCCCAUGACUUUCACCACUGACGACCAGUUCCUCAUUGGAGACGAGGUCCUGGUGGCACCAGUGGUGGAGAAGGGGGCAGUCCAGAGGGAUAUUUAUUUACCAGAUGGGGACUUCCAGUGGCAGGACAGCCAGAGUGAGCAGGUGUUUGAUGGCGGGACGUUUCUGCAGGAUUACCCUGUACCUCUGGAGGAGGUAGCUGUAUUCUUACGGAGAAGCUGAGUCCUGACUAAUCCACUUAGUCGACUGACUGUUACUGUUUCAAAUCAAAUUCUUAAAAAUAUACUUCUGAAAGUGUUCUGAUCUCAACUUGCACUUUUCCACUACAGACCAUUGACAAUGUCUCGACGUUUGACUUGAGAUAUUUAGAGAGACUUUUUUUUUCUUAUACUUGCACUUUAAAGUUUGUAAUUGUUGCAUUUUUUUGUCUUUGUGACACUUUUUUUCCUCUUUUUAAUACUAAUCAGUUUUACCUCCUGGCUGAUUUUCCGGGCUUAUAUUUUUUUAUUCAAUAAUAUUUCUUCUGUGUAUAGUUCCUGAGAGAUCCGUGUGUUUACGUACUGCCUUUCAACAGACUUUAAACUUUUAGUUGCUGCUGGCCGUCUUCAUAAAGAGGAACAAAGCAUUGUUGGCUUAAAAGAAUCUCUCAAGAAGACCAAAUGAAGAAAUGGAAAAUUACAGGAAAACUUUUUGAAAGAGCUCUUUUCAAGGGAACUGCUUAGUAAGACAAAAUUGGAUCACGCAAACAAGCUACAAAAUUGUACAUUAGCACUGUGGUAUUGAAGGAGUUGCUCAAUCAUUGGAAAAUAAGGCUUUUACUUGAACCUAAAGAGCUGAAGGGCUGGUGUUCUAUGAAUGUACCUCAGAAUAUAGAUGUUCACUGCUCUGUAAAGUUGCUUGACACAACAGUCCAUCAUCAACUAGCAUUUUUUCUGUGAACAGUUUAACUAAGUGAAUACAUCUCUGUUGGAAAUCCUUAGUACUGUAUUCCCAUAUACUUGAUGCCAAGCCACUGUUUUAAUUGUGCCUAUUUCUACAUUUAGAUCACGUUUGACCUAAUUAACGUACUGUUUUAGGAUGUUCCCCUUUUUUUUGGUCUGACAGAUUUUUUUAACUAAAUGCUCUUUUAUAAGAGCUAGAUUAAAGUAUAAAACUAUGCAUUUGAUUAGAACUUCAUUAUUUGUUAGUUUUUUUAAACCACAACAGAUAUUAAAAGCUCAAAUUCAUUCUUUUUUUUUUCUGUGAUAAAACAUGUAAAAAAAUGUAAGAUAAUUAAUUGUAAUCUUAUUUUUCUGCCUUUUAUGUGACAAUCAUUAAAGUACAACCAUAUAUACUAACACUUUUAAUUCAAUUCCAGAAUUCAGUCUUAAUGGGUGCUGACCUGCUAUCCAUUAUAGAGAAAUGUAUGACUAUUUUUUCAUUUGUAGUCUAAUGCUUAUGUUUGCAGAGAAGGUUUUAAAGAAUUAAAGUUAUGUCGUUUCACAAGGGUGUCAGUCAGGUUAAGUCACAAUGUACGUAACAAUGCACAGUAAAGACAGUCAUCAGUGAUUAGAGAGAAUAUGGGACAAGGAUGAGAUCACUAAAACAGGACCUUCAUCACAAAUUUCGUAAAGAGAUCAGACGAAAAUUAAUACAUUUGAAAAAUAGAAGUUAAAUUAGCACAAACAAUGACACAUAAACAUCGAAGCAUGGUGUUGGCAGCAUGAUGGUCUGGUGGGUGAAAUUCUGAAAUAUCAGGCAGUUUUAAUCCCACAUCUUUAGUUGCUGUCCACAUAGUUGAAUAUCAGGAAGUCUUUUAUUUUUGUGUUAAAUAGUGAGCCCAGGCAUACUUAGAAAUCAACAAAAAAUAACCAAAUGAGAUGAAAAAAAUGAUAUAGGACUAAUUUAUCAAUCGGAAAUUAAACUUUGUUUUGUCACUCCAAGGGUGUCUUAACAGUCUGAAUGAUCAUUAGCAAUGCAGAGAGGGUAAUAAUCAAUACCAUUACCAUUUUGGUGUUCCAGCACAAUUCUAUUUGGAUACGGAAGGACUUUCACAUUUCCCUGAAACUGCUCAGGAUGUGGGUUGAAUUGAAUUGUCAAACAAAUGUGGCUCCAAUGGAAGAGAGCAGCAAAGAAAUGAAAUUAUUACACUUUUAUCAUGUUUUUAGGUGAGAGUUUUGCUUUUCUGAUGUCUGUCCUGUUGCUCAAUAAUAAUAGUAGUCAUUUUGGGGUAUAUCAGUUCUAACUGUGCGUGCAGCCAGCUCGCUCAGUGGAGGAUCGCUAUACCUGGACAGAUGAUUCCACACUCAUCGUUUUCCUAAUCCCGCUGACUGUCAUCAGUGAGAAGUUAAAUAUAAUCAGUGCUUAAUUAGUAGUUACGUCAUAAAGUGGCAUCCUGUUAGAUACCUUCCUAAAAGGACUGAAGGCUCAAACUGAAAUAAAAACUGUUCAUUUAUGGCUAAUGAAGUGCUUAUAAAACCAACUUACAGCACUAUCUCUUUUUAAACAUGAAAGCAUUUGUUUCUGUUGAAUUGUUAAGGAUAUUUGUUCCAUUACUGGUAGAAAAAGGUUUAGAAAUGAUAUCAUGGUAUAGUUUUCACUUUUGAAAGCCACUGCUGAAUUAAGAAUGUGUAUUAUUUUUGUUAGAAGUAGAAUAUUGGGUUGAUAUCUUUUGAAAUUGGUUGAUAGGAUCCUUUACAUCAAAUGUAGCCUCUGUGAUUUUGUUCUCGUUGUUUAUCUUGACCUUACAUGCCAAGGUUAUGGUUGAUAGGCUGCAUUUACAUCCGUUACCUUCUUUGGUUUAGUGUUUUAUUCACAAUUAGUGCUCUGGUUAGAUUUAUAUCUACUCUUAAAAUACCUUUUUUGUAUCUUGGUAUGGAUUAAUGUAUAUUUUUACAUGGUUAUGAUAGAGAUUUUGGCUAACUUUGAUUUG